AUUCUGUAUGUUAAAAGCAUCCCUGCUAAGGUUAAAAAUGAAGUUUUGUUUGAAAUAUUUUCGGCAAAUGGUGUCUUUGGUAUUGAACGAAUCAGAAGGAUAAAAAAUUCCGCCUUCAUUCAUUAUUUCAUUCGUAGGGAUGCCGAAUGUGUUUUAGCAAAAGUAAACGGUCUUGUGUGGAAUGGAUGGAUUGUAGAAGUUACUUGGGCCAAGCUUUAUCCAUUUAAUAAGCGAACAACAACAGCGUAUGAUAGAAAUAAUGCGAAUGAUACCAGGAACACUGGACCGUUCGAUUUUCAAUUUCCAGCUCAACAAACUCGCCCGUUAACCAGUAAUCCUGUGCAGAUGUUGUCAGAUAUCUGUUUAUCUAACGGCUGGGGAAUGCCAGUUUACAAUCAUCAUGUUACCGAAGCUUCUGUGAGUAAUCCAUUUGCCACACACAGUGUGAAAGUGUAUAUACCAAAUAUACCAUAUGUGGAGAAGCAAUUUACACCUCCUGGAUAUUUCUUUUCACCAAGCGAAGCUCAGUGUUGCUCUGCUUUAUUUGUUCUGACGAAAUUAGGAUUCAUCGAUAGUGGAUGUAAUGCUCUGAAAUACAAUUCUCUUGAACAAAUGGACAGAAAACGAUCUAUAUGGUCACAGGAUGAUUUUGAAGCUAAAGUUAAGACUGCACUACCGCUUAUGCAGAGCCCUGGACCCUUAUCAACUUCUAAUCUGAGACUUAAUGCAGAUCCUUUAAAUUUACUUGCUGUAGCUGCUUCAUUGGUGAAUGAAAAUAUUCAAUCCAAAAAUGAUAACAGAAUUUUUUAUUGAAAUGGGUCAUAGGAAAGAUUGCACUGAUUAAUGCUGCAGGAAAUAAUAUGAAGAUCCUGAUGAAAACAAUUUUUGUGAAUUAUGAACAAUGAUUUUCGUGUAACAUAAAAUCAAAUUUUUACGUGCUGUGAGCAAAAUUUUGUAAAACUUUUAAUCUAAAAUAUUUUAUGAUUCCAAAUUAUAUUUAAUGAAAUUAUGUGUUUAAAAAACUAUUUCAAUAGAAUCAAAUUUGGGUGAAUUAAGAUGAACAUUUGCUACUAUCAGUAAAUCAUUAUGUAUUUCAAUAACUUGGGCAAUUUUGUUUAUAAGCAUUGAAUUAACUUAAAUUUAAUGUAUAUAAACAUAAAAAUGUUUUUAAGGGAAUUUCUUUUUUUAUGAUUGUUAAUCUAAAAUCUUUCUUGAAUCACUUAAUUUUUUAAUAUUAUUACUCUCAUUUAAUACUUAAAUAAAAAAAUGUAUUCUUUAUUGCUUAUUGUUAAUUACAAGAAAUCUGUUGAAUUGUUUGAUAAAUAUUUUUAUGUGUCAUUUAAUUAUCUUGUUCUUUAUUUAUAUUGAAGUGUUACUAAUAGUUGAUAUAUCUGUUAUAUCACUAUUGCUUAAUGAAAUUAUUAUUAUUAUUACGUAAAAUUAGAAUAAUUUUUAUCAUAUGUAAAAUUUAAAUCGUUUUUCAAAUUACUAAAAAUAUAUUUGAUAACUAUGUAACUUAAAUGAAUUAGAAGCUCAUAUUAGAUGUUUCAAGUACAAUAAAUUAUUUGUAAUUAAAUUAAAUCAUGAAAUUAAUCACAUGAUAUUAUGAUUUCUCAUGGUUUUAAUAUUGGUCUGUUUUAUUAUUUCAUUAAUAAUUUUCAAAUAUCAUUUACAAUUUUUGGCAAUUUCUUAAUUUAAAGCAGUAAUCAAUCAAUUUAAUUCUUGAUACCAGAAUUGUCCAUUUAAUAAUUUAUUGAUUGCAAAGUGAUAAUUAAA